AUGAACAGGGCGAGUAACGUUCCCUCAAGCGCAACGACGGACCGCUCGGAGGAAACGAUGAGCACUGGUACCGGGUCUGGUGCGGAUCUGUCGGUGGCCGCGAAACGCAUUCAGCGGGAACUGGUGGAAAUUACUAUGGAUCCACCCUGCAACUGUUCUGCUGGCCCCAAAGGCGAUAAUCUGUUCGAGUGGGUGGCGACGAUUCUGGGUCCGCCGGAUACGCCGUAUGCAGGCGGCGUGUUCUUUUUGGAUAUCACGUUUCCGAGGGAGUAUCCGUUCAAAGCACCACAAGUGGUGUUUCGAACCCGCAUCUAUCAUUGCAAUAUCAAUAGCCAGGGUCAGAUUUGUCUGGAUACGUUGAAGGAUAACUGGUCGCCAGCGUUGACGAUCAGCAAAGUGCUGUUGUCGAUCUGCAGCCUUUUGACAGAUGCCAAUCCGCAUGAUCCCCUGGUCGGCAGCAUUGCGAAAGAGUACCUUACAAACCGGAGGAAGCAUGAUGAAACCGCGCGGGAAUGGACUCGACGAUAUGCGCGUUAA